GGGGCGGGACGGGCCCGGAGUGGGCGGGGCCUCACCGCGAUGGGCGGGGCUUCCGCGCCCGCUCCCGUCGCCCGUGGAGACACCGGGAGCGGUGGUGGGAUCAUUACACCGAUAAAAUCAAAGCAAGCCGGACAGGUAGCAAGUCUGCCUAUGUAGAACUUCCCUGCUCCACUGAAAAUGUCUGGCAAAACAGCCACCACGACCAACAACAUUGCUCAGGCCCGAAGGACCGUGCAGCAGCUCAGGAUAGAAGCCUCAAUAGAGAGGAUAAAGGUGUCCAAAGCCUCGGCAGACCUGAUGCUGUACUGUGAGGAACACGCCAAGAAGGACCCGUUGCUCAUGGGCAUUCCUGCUUCUGAGAACCCUUUCAAGGACAAGAAAACCUGCAUUUUGUUAUAGGAGAGGGGCAACUCCUCCCCAGCCCACCUAGGCAAGGCCAAGCACCAACACUCCGUAAGGUCCCAGCCGUUCCCUGGCUCGGAGCGGCUGCUCUUUUACCAUGUGUCUAAGUCCUUAAGCUUUCCAAAGCGUUCCUUCUGAUCCUUAUCUUUAUUAGGAAGCUGAAUUCAUGUCUUUCCUGGACAAGGGAAUGGGAGCAGCACUGGGGUCUCUGCACAGGGGGGUCCUGGUUGCAUUUGCCAAGUCAAACAAGACCAAAGUUGCCUGAGCUUUGCUGAUAAAGCAGAGGCCAAGUCGUAGAGAUCUGAUGAAACAUCACUGGGUUUACAUUUUUUUAAAUGAUUAAUUUUUUUGGGGGGGGGUGUGCCUGUGCUGGCAGCACCAGUUCGUGCACAGGUACACUUAAAGUGCAUUUUCUAGCAAAAAAACUACCUUGCAAAAUGAUUGUAGCAGCUGCUGAGGAGCUCCAGGAAGCUGUGCCACAACGUUCCUCCUGCUGGCCUCUCUUCCCAGUGGAGAGUUGAGAAUCAGAGACCUGCAGAUUGCUUUUUCUGCUUUUUAAGAGUUGAAAAAGCAGAAUUUUCAGCUUGGAUUCUGCUGCUCUGCAUUUUCCUCUCUAAUUUAAAAUCCAUGUUAGUAUAAAAACCAUCCUGUCAAAAGAAUGGAAGUCUGGAACUGCCCUGGCAGGAAAGAAUGCUGCCCUCACUCACAAUCCCUGUCACAUUCUGUGCAGGGAGUCAGAAUUUGACUCUUUUUUAAAAAAAAAUUCAUUUUUAAAGGGGAAAAAUGCCAAAUUAUAUUCAGCUUGUGGUUCUGCAUUUAUAAUUGGAGGGCCUUUUCAUCAAGUAUAUAUUUUAUAUAUACACAUAAUAAAAAAGUCUUUCUUCAUGUGCCUGUGUAUAUAUAUAUAUACAUAAACUUUGUAUUUAUGCAAAUAUUGCAUAUUAACAGCAAAUUUGGAAGGGUUUGAAAAUAAUACUGACUUCAGUUGGCUGCAAAUGUCCUUUUCUGCAUCCUGCUGAAGUUGUGAUCUGCCAUAACUGCAUUUCUGUGAGGAUAUUUACAGACUUUAUUAACUACUUGUCAUUUAUGUUGCAUAUUUGUCAUUUCUAUAUGAAAUUAUAGACCCACUAUUGAUAUAUAUUGAGAACUUAUAUCUUUGUUUAACAAGGCUCUUUGACAAAGAGCUCCAAAAUCAGCCUGACAGAGAAUUGUGCUGCUUAUCCUGUUCCUACGUGCAGAUUAUUUUUAUAGAGUAUUUUUCUAGAGGCAGUUGAAGAAAACAAUAAUGUAGCUCCACACUGAUUCUUUUUUAUUGUGUUUGUGUCUAUCAUUUUAUCACACACAUAGGUAGAAUUAAUGAGCUCAGUUAAUUACUCAGUUUGGGGUUUCAAGGCUGUAGCUGUUGAGAAUUCCAGCUGUGCCCAGAGGUAGCCAGGCAGGUACAUGGGGUGCAGGGAGGGAAAGAACCUCAUACUGUUACCUGAUUAUUGUCUUCCCAGCAAUCUGGUGUUCCCACAGGAAUCUGUAGGUUUAUUUGGUUAGAGAUCCCUGCUCCCAGCCCAAAACCAGCUCCCCAUUGUGGCUGCAGGGGGGCUCUUUGUGUCUGCCUUCUUUGUGUCUGCCCUUGAAUAAAGCUCACCAUGGGGGCUGGGUGGUGAUCCAGCUCUGGGACCCUGGAUUGUGAUCAAAAUGUGGGGCCCUGGUGGGUGAUCCAGCCGUGUGAUCCAGCCAGAAAUCCAGCAGUGAGACUCUGGUGAUCCAGCACAUCAGCUUGCAUCUGACAGCAUUUAAUCUAUAGAUAUUCGGUGAACUCACUAUUUUUUAUAUAUAAUAUAUAGGGACAUGUGAAAUCUG